AUGGAUCAUGGUAUGCGCACUGAGAAGAAAUUCACUUGGGUUUUGGAUGACUUCUCUUCUUGGGAUCAGACGGUGCACUACUCUCCCCGCUUCGUCGUCGCCGGCAGCGAUUGGUGUGUUACUGCUUAUCCCAGUUUCUACCGUGAUGGUACUCACUACUUAUCCGUGUAUCUGAAACUUGCGCUUGAAUCUUCACCAAUAGGAUGGAGAAGAAACGUGCAAUUUACACUCACUCUUGUGAAUACGAACUCUCCUAACUGGAACAAAGUAGCAGGAGGGGAAUGCUGUUUCGAUGCAAAGAAAAACAGUUGGGGUUUUGGUAAUUUCUUGCCCCUCUACAAACUUCUUGGAGGGUUUCUGAUGGAUAGAAGACUCGUUAUCAUCGCUCAAGUUAAAGUUCUUCCAGUGGAACCUGUGAAGAUUACUGCAUCGUCUCUAUCUUUGAGAGAGGCGAUUCAAGGUGUUUAUGCACCUGUCGCCAAAUCUCAAGUCGAGACUGUUGAUGUUGACGCAUCUAAAGAGGCACUUCGAGCUGCUAUUGAAUCUCUCGCCAAAUCUCAAGUCGAGACUGUUGAUGUUGAUGCAUCUAAAGAGGGUGCGGAGGACGAUGACGACACGUCUCAAGUGGCGCAAGAAACUGAGAAUUCAUCUAAAGAGAAUGUGGAAGAUGAUGCAUCUGAAGAGGGUACAGGUGAUGAUGAUGACACGUCUCAAGUGGCGGAAGAAACUGAGAAUGUUGAUAAUGAUGAUGGUAGUGAUGACGAUGCAUCUGAAGAGGGUACAGGUGAUGAUGAUGACACGUCUCAAGUGGCGCAAGAAACUGAGAAUGUUGAUAAUGAUGAUGGUAGUGAUGACGAUGCAUCUGAAGAGGGUACAGGUGUUGAUGAUGAUGAUUCAUCUGAAGAGGGUACAGGUGAUGAUGAUGACACGUUUGAAGAGGGUUCAGAUGAUGAUGAUGCUUCAGCUCCUGUUUCAGAUGGUGACAACAAUGGUGCACCUAAAGAAGAUGUUGAUGGCGAGGCUGCAUCUCUUGUUACCGAAGAUAAUGCUACAAACGGAACUUCCCUAGACCAAGUACAAUCUGUGAGACGUAUAUUCCAAAAACACCCAGACAUUGCUUCCGAGUUCCGUGCAAAAAACCAACAUCUUAGGAACGCUUGUAUGAGUUUCCUUCUAAGCUUAAUCAAGACGUUGUGCCAGUCGCUUGAUGAGCUAUCCAAUGAAGAUCUUGUGGAAGCAGACAUUGCGCUCACAUACUUGAAAGACGCAGGCUUUAAGGUGGACUGGUUGGAGAACAAGCUGGACCAACUAAAGAAAAACAAGGAGAAAGAGCAGUCUGGUUUGGCCAGGCUCCAAGAAAUAGAGGAAGAUCUACUGAAGCUGAAGCAAAAGUGUUUAGACCUAAAUGCUCUUGCAGAGAAGGAGAAGUCAGAGUUGUCAGUCACCAGAACUGCUCUGUCUUUCGAUGACCUUGUUUGA